UGCUAAUACAGUAGUUCGGCUGAAGUCUUGCAAAGGGUGGAGUAGAAGAGCAGAAGAGGCGGUGGCAACGCGCAAGAACUCUGUCGGGCUUAAGAACUGCCGCCAUGGCCGCAUUUGCAGCAAUCCUGUCCUGGCUGCACUGGUGCAGCUUGUGGAUGCUGCUUGUGGCCGCUUCCGCUGCUUCCUCUUGGGCCAUCGCUGCGGACGAGAACAUCGGCAGGGAGACAAGAUCUAUACAAGGCCGCGAAACAGAUGCAAAAGGGAAUCAGCCCGAUGAGAAGCAUCAACCUCACGAUUCCUCAUAUGGCACUUUCGCCAGCGAGUUUUACGAUACCCGCUUCCUCUCCGACGAGGGUUAUCCUUUUCCUACUGCUCCUCCAGUAGAUCCAUUUGCAAAAAUUCGAGCGGAUGAUUGUGGAAAAACAAAAGGAUGCUUUAGGUAUGGUAAACCUGGAUGCACUGCAGAUACUUGUGACUAUUUUCUCAGUUACCGCAGAAUAGGAGCUGACAUAGAGUUUGAACUGAGUGCUGAAGCUGAUGGCUGGGUAGCUGUAGGAUUUUCCUCGGAUAAGAAAAUGGGUGGAGAUGAUGUUAUGGCCUGUGUUCAUGAUGAUAAUGGAAGAGUCAGAAUACAUCACUUCUACAAUGUUGGUCAGUGGGCAAAAGAGAUCCAAAGAAACCCUGCCAGAGAUGAAGAAGGUAUUUUUGAAAAUAACCGUGUCACAUGUCGAUUUAAGCGCCCAGUGAAGGUUCCCAGGGAUGAAACUAUCGUAGAUCUCCAUCUAAGUUGGUACUAUUUAUUUGCUUGGGGCCCAGCAAUUCAGGGUUCUAUAACUCGGCAUGAUAUAGAUUCUCCACCGGUUUCGGAGCAUGUGGUUUUGGGGUUGUGCCUCAUACAGGCCCAAGACACCAUAUGGGGGUCCUCCUGCACUUGCAGUUCCUUCUUGAAGAUCUGGUGACAAAAGGGUUUUUGCAACUUUUGAUUGGGCAGUAGUCGAGCUCAUUCUUGUACCAGGAGGCCUCACUCAUGCUCCCUUGUCUAGACUACUGUCCAGUCUAUUGGAAUUUAUAUUAGAGGACAAUUAUUCAGAUUGUGAAUAAUAAACCUGAGCCAUAAGUAUGUGCCAAAUAAUUAGUAUGUCUGGACUACUGCAAGAAACUCUACAUGGGGCUUUCCUUGAAGAGCAUGCAGCAUCAAUAGGUGCAGAAUGAGACAGCAUGGAUUGUUAAUGGGAUGUUAUUUGGCACACAUAACAUCAUGACCUUUUGAGCUGCAUUGACUACCAGAGUGCUUCUGGGUGCAAUUCUUAAAUAAGAAUAUAAGAAAAAACUAUACCUCUACAGAAAUGCAACAAAACAAUGAUGAAAACCUUCUUUAAUGCAUUUGAGUUAAUAGAAAAAAAAGGGGGGGGAGGGGGGAGGCAGAAAAAAAAGAAUGACAUUGCCCAACCAAAUAGAGGAAAUAAAUGAACUUUUUUUGCUAAUCAGUUAGCGUAUAUAUAGAAAGCACACCACAAUAAUAAUGGGGGACUUUAUUUACUCUCGCAUCAACUGGGAGACAAAUUCUGCACCUAAAUAUCAAAAAGUUUCUUGAUGUUCCUAGCAGGCAACUUUGUCUUUCAGAAGGUAAAGAAAGGAAUUAGAGGGCCAGAUAUAUUGGACUUAAUUUUCAACAACAGAGAUGAAAUGAUAGAAGGAACUACGGGAACUUGGGAAACAGUGACCAUGCAAUAUUGGAAUUCAACAUAAUGCAAACACAAGUAACAAAACAAAGUCAAAUUAGUGUCUUGGACUUUAAGAGAACUGAUUUCAACAAAUUUAGAGAAGAAUGCAUGGGAAGGAUUCCAUGGAUGGAAAUCCUCAAGGGGAAAACAACCUAAGAAGUUUGGAAAACUCUGAAAAAUUAGAUUAUAAUGCUACUGAAUGCUACUGAAUGCUACUGAAAAAUGAAAAUAAGAGAGCCUGUGUAAAGAAUUCUCUGCUAAACUGAAAGACAAAAAGGACAAGUAUAAAAAGUGGAAAGAUGGACACAUAACUAAGGCAGAAUAUCAGCAAAUAGCCUGAAUCUGUGAUGAAGUCAGGAAAUCUAAGGCUCAAAAUGAAUUUAGGCUUGCAACAAAUGUCAAAAAUAAUAAAAUAAAAUGACUGGCUCACAAAUGAGAGAAGAUGGCAAGAAGGUGAUGAGCAGCAGGGUCAAAGUGAAAUUGCUUAAUUCAUUUUUUUCAUCUGUCUUUACACAAAAGGAAAAAAACAGUCCAACCUAUCAAAAAUAGUACUGUAAAAGACAGAGUAGGAAUACAAGUCAAAAUAAGCAAGAAAAUGCUAACAGAACACCUACCCACUCUGGAUAAGUUCAAAUCACGAGGACCAGAUAGAUUACAUCCCAGAAUUGUAGCUGGGAGAUGUGAUCUCAGAACCACAUCUUUCAAAAGAAAUAUGGACUACCAGAGGAUUGGAAAAUUGCUGACUUGGUUCCUUCAAAAAAGGGAAAAAAUGGAUCUAGGAAACUACAGACCAAUCAGCCUGAUAUCAAUACCUGAGAGGAUCUUGGAAAAAGUAAUUAAGCAAUGAAUCUGCAAACACCAAGAAGCAAACAAAGUUAUAUCUAGAAGCCAACAUGGCUUUGUGAAAAACAGAUGAUUCCAGACAAAACUUUUUGCAUUCUUUGACAAAAUGACUAUAUUAGUGGACCAGGGAAUUGCUAUUGCUAUAAUAUUGGGACUUCAGUAGGCAUUUGACAAAGUAAACCACAACCUACAAGUUCAGGGGUGUCAAACUCGCAUCAUGGUAUGGUCAUGUGACAUAUCGUGACUUUUACCCCCUUCGCUAAACCAAUCAUGGGUGUGGCCAGUGAAUUAUGCAUCCGGGCUGCGAGUUUGACAGCCCUGUACUAGUUGAUAAGAUAAAUGUGGGUUAGAUAGCAUCACCACCAGAUGGAUUUGUAAUUGGCUGACUACCAACCACACUCAAUAUGUAGUUCACAAUGGAACUACAUUUACAUAGAGGGUAAUAUGCAGCUUACGUCUAGUACUUUUCAACUUCUUCAUAAAUGAUUUAGACAGGAUAGAAUUUGCAGAUAACACUAUGCUGGGGGAAAGAGUCAACUCUUUUAAGAAGAUAGAUUCAAGAACCAAAAGUAUCUCGACAGAUUUCAACACUGGGCCAGAUCCAACAAAAUGCAAUUCAGUAGCAAGAAAAGUAAAGUUUUACACUUAGGCAAGAAAAAGUAAGUGCACAGGUAUAGAAUAGAUGCUGAUUCAAUAGCAGUAACUGCAAGAGGGGUCUAGUGGACAACAACUUAAAUAUGAGCUGGCAGUGUGCUGCAACUAUCAAAAAAUCCAAACAUAGUCCUAGGCUGCAUCAACAGAGGGAUAAAAUCAAGAUCACGUGAAAUGUUAGUAUUGCUUACUUGGAAUACUGCAUUCAGUUUUGGUCACCACCAUACAAAAAAGAUGAGACUUUAGAAAGAGUGCAAAGAAGAGCAACAAAGAUGAUUAAGGGACUGAGGCUAAUAUAUAGAACAGUUGCAGGAACUGAAUAUAUCUAGUCUAACAACGAGAAAUAUUAGAGGUGCUUUCAAGGAGAUAACCACUUAGAACUAAGGAGAAAUUUUAAAGAACAGCCUCCCCUUUUGCCUGAAAAGUUUUGAUUCAGUAUGUGCUACCUGCUCUAACAUAUCUGGUAAAACAUGGACACUAAUCUCAAAAAAGCUACAAGUGGCAUAAAGGGCCAUGGAAAAAUACAUGCUGGGCAUUAUAAGAAGAUAGAAAGAUCUGCACAUAGAUUAGAGAACAAACAAUAGUAUAUGAUAUCAUCAAGAAAGUAAAUGAAUUGAAGUGGAAAUGGGCUGGUCACAUAACAAGAACUGAUGGCAGGUGGACCAAAACCAUCAUAGAAUGUAUCUCACUUGAUAAAAAGGAUCCACGAAAGAGACCUGUACUCAUCUAUCUGGCUCCAGAAUGAGUGCAAUUGACCAUAUAAUUGCCUUUUGUGACCUUGUUCCUUAUGUCAAAGCUCCAGAAAUUACACCUAAGUAAGGAAAUGAUAGCAAUCAUUUCCCAAUUUUACUUUAUUUAAAUGUUUUCAUUCAAGAAACAUAUAUUGAGGAUGUACUAGUCCUUAUUAAUGCCAACAGGAAGAAUUUACCAAUAAGCAAACUACUUACUAAAUUACUGAAGUUGCAGAUGAUACAACAGUCAUUGGUCUCAUUCAAGAUGGUGAUGAAUCUGCAUACAGAUGGAAGGUUGAACAACUAGACCUGUGAUGCAGCUGGAACAAUCUAGACCUGAAUACACUUAAAACUGCAGAGAUGAUCACAGAUUUUAAGAAAAGCCUUCCUACUCUACCACCCCUUACAACAAUAGGCAACACAUUAUCAACAGUAGACAUCUUCAACUUUCUGGGUUUUAUAAUCUCCCAGGACUUGAAAUGGCACCUAACAUUAGAACAUAAUUAAAAAGGCACAACGAAAAAUGUAUUUCCUACAUCAGAAAGUUCAGGCUGCUCAAGGAGCUGCUGAUACAGUUCUACAGAGGAAUUAUUGAGUGUCUCAUUUGUACUUCUAUAACUGUCUGUGAUACAGAAAUUAAACAGGACAGGUACAGACUUCAACAGAUAGUUAAGACUGCAGUAAAAACAAUUGUAACCAGCCUGCCUUCCAUUGAGGACUUGUAUACUACAAGAGCCAGAAAGAGCUGAGAAAAUAUCUAUAGACCCCUCUAGACAUAAACUGUUUCAACUCCACCCCUCAGGGAUGCCAUUCUAGAGCAUUGCAAGCCAAAACAACUAGACACAAAGACAGCUUUUUCCCACAUGCCAUCAUUCUGCUGAACACCUAAUUCCCACAACACUGUCUUAUGUCAAAGGUUAUUUACCCAGGUACUGUAUUUCUAUUAUCAUUCUCAUCUUUCCUAUUAUCUUCUACUAUGGUAUCUUAUAAUUAUGGUAUCUUAUAAUUAUAUCACUUUGUUGUUUAUUGUCUGUAUGUACACUGGGAAUUUAUGCAUCAGAGACAAAUUCCUUGUGUGUCCAAUCACACUUGGUCAAUAAAGAAUAUUCUACUCUA